UUGAGUGUUGGAGGACAUACAUGCACAGUGUACAGAGGGAGAGAUACACAGAUAGAAGGAGAAAGAGACUCACAGAGAGGGAGGAAAAGCAGUUCAGCCGCUUGUAGGACUGAGACAGGAGAGAGAGCAUUUCAGCCUCCUGCUAUCCUCUCUCUCCCUCUCCUCCCAGCACAUACACAUGCUCAUACACACUCCCACCCUCUCUCCCUAACACACACACACACACACGCACACACACACACACACGCACACAGGCACACUUGCUUUAGGGUAUACCAGUCGGCUUUGGCAGUCCUCUCUUUUGUUGUUUUUGCUAUUGGUUAGUCUUAGCGGCAGCGCGGCGUGCGCCUCUAUCGCCGGGGUGGGUGCAUGUGUAUAUGUGUGUGUGGAGUCUGCGAGGCAGUGUGUGAAGGAUGCUACUGGCGGCACCCGGGCUUCGGGCCCAUUGGUCGCCCGCCUUCCAGCCAUUAUCUCCACUCCUCCACCCCUCUGUCAUCCUUUCUCCCUUUCGCUCUCCCUCCUUCCCUCAUUCCCAGUCAUCUCGCAAGUCGUAAAAAUGAUUUGCAUGCAGGAGGAGAGCAGAACUUUGCAGUGAGCACAGAGAGUGAACUGGGAGAGAAGUAAAGGAAAAGACUUGAAAAAAAAAGAAAAAGAAGGACAGGAAGCGCAUUGUGGAGAGCAGCAGGAGGAAAAGUUUAAAGAGAAGACUGCAGUUGAAAAUGAGUUUGGAGGAGACGUGGUGAGCCGUUCCUCUCCAGCUGAACGUCAUUAGGUCCCAGUGGAAGCAGAGGUCUGGACCAAAGAGCUGUCUCAACCCCAAACCAUUUCAGAUGGAGGUGGAUGCAGAUGACAAGCGCCAUCGAACACGCUCCAAAGUGCCUGUGGAUCCAGCGUUAACAGAGCUUUUCAGUGUGUAUGGCUGCCCUCUGGCCAAGAAGAGAAAGAGUCUAGACAGACAAACCCUGGAAACCUCCCCCAAGAGGAGCACCUACCUAGACGACAUGGACAACUCCACGAUGGAGGAGUGCUACGAGACCGAUGGGACCGAAGAGAUGGACGACCGGGAGGAAGAGGAGGAGGAAGGAGCCGUGGAGGAGGAGGAGGAAGAGGGAGAAGUGGAGGAGGAAGAGGAGGUGGAAGGCUACAUGGACUACAACAUGGAGCAAAUGGAGCACGAAGAUGGGGAGGUGGAGAGAGGCGAUGCAGAGGGGGAGGAGGAGGACGAGGACGAAGAAGAGGAUGUAGAGGUGGAGCAGGAGGAGGAGGAGGAGGGUGAUGAUGAGAGGGUGGACGAGGCGGAGGAGGAGGAGGAGGAGGAGGAAGCGGUAGAGGAAGUGGACUAUGAAGAGGGAGAGGAGGAGGAAGGAGAGCAGGGUCAAGGGCAAGAGGACGAUCAGAUGAGCAACGGCGAGGGGGGCGAGGGCGAUGGUGGUGGAGGUGGCGGUAGCAAUGCCAAAUCUGGCCUGACGACCGAGAAGGACAACAACAACAAUGACGAGUAUGAAAACUAUGACGAACUUGUGGCCAAGUCCCUCCUAAACCUGGGCAAGAUCGCAGAAGACGCCGCCAACCGAGCCAUGACAGAAUCUGAGAUGAACAGCAACUCCUCCAACAGCGCUGAGGAAGAAGAGGAGGAGGAAGACGAGGAAGAGGAGGAGGAGGAGGAGGAGGAAGAGGAGGAGGACGAAGAGGAGGAGGAGGAGGAGGAAGAGGAAGAAGAGGAGGAGGAAGAGGAGGAAGAAGAAGAGGGGGAAGGGGAUGAAACGCAGAGGGGUGAUCUCAGUUUGGACGUUGACAGUGACGUGGUUCGGGAGACUGUGGACUCCCUUAAACUGCUGGCACAAGGUCACGGUGCGGUGCUGUCCGACAAUUUAGACGGACAGGAGUUUGAGGAUGGUAGGGCUGAGAACGGGGACGAGACUGACUGUACCCACAGUGGGGGAAAUGCACACAAUGGUGGUAAUGGACAAGUUAAGACCACCAGUAAUGGACAAAUAGAUAACAGCGACGAGGAAGUGUGUUUAAGCAGUCUGGAGUGCCUACGAAACCAAUGCUUCGACCUGGCUCGGAAACUAAGCGAAACAAAGUCCGCUGACCGAAAUGGACCGUCCCAGCAAAAUCAUUUCUCGUGCGGAGAUCCCAAUCAACAGCCCCAGCAUCAUGGCUAUGGGGAUUUCCACCAUAGUCAAGACGACAGGCGGACGCUUGAUAGGAACUAUUCCGACAUGGACAAUCUCAUGAAGCUGGAGGAGCAGCUGAGCCCGCGCUCCAAAGCUUUCUCCAGUUGCGCGCAGGAUGACCGGUAUCACACCAACCACCGAGACUUUGACGAGGACACCGCCUCAGUGACAUCAGACCGAUCUGAAGAAGUGUUUGACAUGACAAAGGGUAACCUGUCCCUCCUGGAGAAGGCCAUUGCACUAGAGUCAGAACGCGCCAAGGCGAUGCGAGAUAAAAUGGCAGCCGAGGCUGCCAGGAGAGAUGGGGUGAGGUAUAGCCAUGAAGACCACGGCCCGCGGCACGGCUAUGGUGUUGAGCGUAAAGCCCGCCUUCCUGAUGGUAUGAAGAAGCCUUUCUACCAUAAAGACGCUUCACGUGCGGACAAGAAGGAAAGCCGGUGUCCGACACCGGGCUGUGAUGGCACGGGUCAUGUGACCGGCCUGUACCCGCACCACCGGAGCCUUUCCGGCUGUCCGCACAAAGACCGGGUGCCACCAGAAAUUGUGGCAAUGUAUGAGAAUGUUCUUAAGUGUCCUACGCCUGGCUGCACGGGACGCGGCCAUGUCAAUAGCAACAGAAACUCCCACAGAAGUCUGUCAGGAUGUCCCAUCGCCGCAGCCGAGAAGCUGGCCAAAGCCCAGGAGAAGCACCAGAGCUGUGACGGCCCCAAGUCCAACCAGGCCUCUGACCGAGUCUUAAGGCCUAUGUGCUUUGUCAAACAACUGGACUAUCCACAGUAUGGUUACAAGAACAAUGUUUCCACCAGCACGCCCCGCUCCAACCUGGCCAAGGAGCUGGAGAAGUACUCCAAGACCAGCUUCGACUACAGCGCCUUCGAUGGCAGCAACAGCCACCAAGUGUACGGGAAACGGGCCAUCGCACCCAAAGUUCACGGGCAACGGGACACCUCCCCGAAAGGAUAUGACGCGAAACGUUACUGCAAGAACUCCAGCUCGGCCAGCAGCACCACCAGCACCUACGCUCCCAGCAGCAGCAGCAGCAGCCUGAGCUGUGGAGGUGGAGGAGGGGGCGCGGGACGAGGCGGCGGGGGCGGGGGCAGCAGCGCCAGCAGCACCUGCAGCAAGAGCAGCUUCGACUACAGUCACGACAUGGAGGCCGCCCACAUGGCGGCCACGGCCAUCCUCAACCUGUCCACGCGCUGCAGGGAGAUGCCCCACGGCAUGGCGGGGAAGCCCCAGGACCUGUGCUCGCAGAGUCCCGGUCUAGAUGUUGAUGAGAACGGUACGUUGGACCUGAGUAUGAGCAAGCGUCUGUGCAGCGGUGGUGGUGGAGGUGGUGGUGGUGGAGGAGGAGGAGGAGGGGACUCUGUGCUCACCCCUCUAGAGCCCAUGUCCCCCCAGAGGCAAGCUGCCCUGCUGGGCUCCCGCUGCUACGGCAUGGGGGAUGCCGCUGACUGCUGGGACCUGCCAGUAGACUACACCAAGAUCAAACACAUAGAUGAGGACGAGAAAGAGCCGGACGACCUGGAUCCGUUCCACGACCUGCUGGAGGACCGCUCCUACACCACAGAUGUGAACAUGCCCAGCCCCAAGCCCAAGUAUAUCCAGUGCAAGGAGAGUAAGAAGGACCUGAUAACAUGUCCCACACCGGGGUGUGAUGGAAGUGGUCACUUGACGAGCAAUUUCGCCUCACAUCGAAGCCUCUCAGGUUGCCCUUUAGCUGAUAAAAGCAUUCGAAGUAUGCUGGCCAACAACGCACAAGAGCUCAAGUGCCCGACACCAGGGUGCGAUGGUUCGGGACAUAUCACUGGCAACUACGCCUCACACAGAAGUCUCUCAGGGUGUCCGCGGGCCAGGAAAAGUGGGAUAAAGAUCAUCCACAGUAAAGAGAACAAGGAGGACCAGGAGCCUAUCAGGUGUCCAGUCCCAGGUUGUGACGGUCAGGGACACGUGACAGGGAAGUACGCCUCCCACAGAAGCGCAUCCGGGUGCCCCAUAGCAGCAAAGAGACAAAAGGAUGGCUACCUAAACGGCAUUCAGUUCACAUGGAAGUCUGGCAAGACGGAGGGCAUGUCCUGCCCCACGCCGGGCUGUGACGGCUCGGGUCACGUCAGCGGCAGCUUCCUGACGCAUCGGAGUCUGUCGGGUUGUCCGCGUGCCACCUCCGCCAUGAGGAAAGCCAGGCUCUCCGGAGUGGAAAUGCUAACAAUAAAGCAGCAACGUGCCAGUAAUGGGCUGGAGCACGAAGAGGAGAUCAAACAGCUGGAUGAGGAAAUCAAAGAUUUAAGUGAUUCUAAUUCGCAAGUGGAAGCAGACAUGAUCAAACUCAGAACACAGAUCACGACAAUGGAGUCCAACCUGAAGUCCAUAGAGGAGGAAAACAAGGUGAUUGAACAGCAAAAUGAAUCUCUCCUGCAUGAGCUGGCCAACCUCAGCCAGUCACUGAUUAACAGUUUAGCUAAUGUCCAGCUCCCUCAUAUGAAACCACUGGCACACAAAGAGCCUCCUCUAAGGAAUAACAGCUGCUUACAGUUGCACCAGCAAGAGCCAAUAAGCGAGCAGAACUUUGAUGCCUAUGUGACCACUCUAACGGAUAUGUACACAAAUCAAGACCAGUACCAGAGCCCAGAAAACAAAGCCCUGUUGGAAAACAUCAAGCAAGCUGUUCAAGGGAUCCAAGUGUAACCAUUCAGUACAGGGAGAUUUUUGUUCCCCCAGCAGGUGUGGGUGGUGUAUAAAAUCCACAUACAAACAGGCAGUAACGGUUUGAUCUCCUCAGUGCGGUGCAGUAACUUAUAUAGUGCUAUAUAUUCUCAAUUCUGUUCUCUCAAAAAAAGAGGUAUAAUGCUUAGAAAGACCUCGAGAUAAUUUCUUUCUGUCUUUCUUUUCUUUUUGGGUCUUGCUUUGAGGAAGAACAUAAAAGAGUAAACUGCAAAAUAGUUUUUGAGGACAUUCACAUUUUGUACGUUUUCAUAUGAGCUGACAUAGUGUCAUGUAAUGUUUCUAGCUGCUCAUGUAUGCACAUUUUUAGUGUAUAUUUCUGAACAGUAAGCUAAUGAUAACGGAACGUGAGUUCCUUUUAUUGUUUGACAACAAAGCAUUUUAGAUGAAAAAACUGGAUAGUGAAAUAAAAAUGAAAAAACUAAGAGCAAGGAGGAAGCUAGUUAUUUUUCUCCUCACUGGGUGAUUUUGGACUUGAUGAUUUUAGAUGUUUUUCUUCUUCUUCUUCUUCCUCUUCUUCUUUUUCUUCUUCUUCUUCUUCUAAUUCUACUUCUUCUUCUUCUUCUUCUUGCGUGUAGAUUGUUCAAGAGCAAGAACUGGUUUGCGAAUUGCUUUAUUUUCUGACGAUGCUUGAGAAAAGUUUGUUUUGUUUUGAUGAAAAAAAAGAUGCGUAGCUGUAGGUGGGGGCAUUUUUCAUUGGUGCGCUAAAUGAAUCCGGAGAGGAAACUGACCUGAUGUAUGUAUGAAUGUAUGUAUGAACAGUUAUAUUGUAAACAUCAUUACACGGAAACCCGAUGGUGGAAAUCCCAUUAUCUAGGAGAACCAGUUAAUUCCUAGAGGAACACAUCUGUGCGGUGCAUGCAUGUUCACAUGCUCAUCCUUAACUAAUCUCAAAUAGAAAAUGAUGUGUAAAGACAAUGACCUAGACCACAUUCUAGCCUUUCUAGUAUCAAAUCUGCUCAAUCUCGAGACCUGUGUUGCUAGGAUCAAGAAAUGUCUCAGCAAUAUAAUAAUUAAAUCAUUUGUUUAUAGUAGGUACAGGAUGCAAUCUGCAAAGGAAAAAAAAAGGUUGGGUAUAUGCAAUUUCUUGUUUAUAAGCAUAGCGGGGUAACAUGAAUCUUUUUAAUAUAGCCUAUGUAAAAUAUUGAUUUUUAUACAAAUCUUUUAAUACAAAAGUGUUUUUAAAAAAGAGGAGGGAACCUGGACAUUGAGAUUUAGAAGGGGAAAGUAUAUGAGUUCCACUUUUUUUCUGUACGAUUUUGCACAGGGACACCUUCGUUUCCAUGUUUUGAUGUUCUUACAGGAACUAAAAAGCAGUACCCGGACACCUAAAAGGAGGGUUUCAGAGGGUUUUGUAAAGAGUAUUUAUAAGAGUAUGACAGCGGGACUUACAGGGUCACUGUCCCCACUUAUGUGCCAGUAGACUAUUUGCACUUGUCCUUGAAGAUAUUAUCCUUACGUACGGCGGCGUGCAAUUUUCCAGGUGACCUCUUUGGCACACGAUUGGAGUAACCAACUGCUUGGAGCCACUGUAGGCGUGGAUUUCGUACCACUGAGAGAGGAAGAACAGGGACUUGAAAUCAGAGAAGAGGAUGAUUAUAACCAUAGCAGUUAUACUGUAGGCUAUUAUCAAGUGUAAAAACAUUAACAAUGUUCUUUCAUUUUUGCUAUGUUUUAGGAAGAUGAAGUUAUCCCCCAGCAGCACUUUAUAUCUAAUCACUGUACAAAGGAUUAAAUAGUCAAUCAAUUCAAGGUUUUAAAAAAAAGCAGAGGAAAACGAAGGUCUGGUGAAAUGAGACCUUCGAGGGGUGAUACAAUCCAGCGUGACGCCCGUAUGCCUGACUGUAUGCACCCCUCCAUUCUGUUGUUCUAGUUGUUAGCGAUCAUGUUCAGAAUUUGCCUUUUUGAGAGCUAAUGCAAAAGGUGCUUGUCGUUCACCUAAUUAAAUCUCAUCUAUUGUACUUUACUGUCCUCUUUCAGGACUCUACUACCCAUCAUCCAUGACUGCAUACGCCUUUUUCCACAGCAUCGUGUCUGCAGCUUUUUGCCAAUAUAGUAAUGCUUCAGUAGAGUAAUAGCUAGUACCAGUUUUUGAAUUAAUUCUCAUUAUCAGUAAAAAUGGAAAAGGGGGUUUUAAAGCACAAACUGGCUGCUCAUCUGAUGUUGGUACAUAAUUAACAAAUCUGAAAAGAGUUAUCUGUGACUAUCUAUAGGGAACACAAAAAGGUUGUCAAGUAUUUAGAAUGCUGACUUUUCAUAUAAAUUAUUGUGAAUUCAUCAGAGUUUAUUAUUUUAUUUGAGCCGAUUCAUUUUGAGAUUGAUUUCAGUGACCAUUAACAAAGACAGGAUUUUGUAUAAACUAUUGUGCUCUCUGUGGAACUGAAGUUUGAUUUAUUUUUGUACUACACAGCAUGGAUUUGUUGACAUUUUAAUUUUGCUAUAAAUGUGUGAGAUCACAAGUUGCUGUGAUAUUUAAUUUAUAAAUUGUGAACUUUGUACAAUUUUUGUCAUGCUGGAUGUUGACACAUCUUACUCUGAAUAAAGAAAAAAAAUGUGUUGCCAGA